CCCCCCCCCACCCUUGCGCCUCUCGUCCUCAUAGCAACGGCCUGGCCUUCGUGCAUUCCUUGGGUGUGUGGGUGAAAAUGCUCCUCUUCUUCCCCUGGGCCGGCUCUGAUCCCUAUCCGUCAUCCGCGUUCCACUUCUUCGCGCAGUAAAAUAAUCCAAGAUGGUGGAGCAGCUAACCGAGGAUCAGAUUGCCGAGUUCAAGGAGGCUUUUAGCCUGUUCGACAAGGAUGGCGAUGGUUCCAUUACUACCAAGGAGCUUGGAACCGUGAUGAGAUCACUGGGGCAGAAUCCCACAGAAGCUGAACUGCAGGACAUGAUUAAUGAAGUCGAUGCCGAUGGCAACGGCACUAUUGAUUUUGCUGAAUUUCUGAACCUUAUGGCUCGUAAGAUGAAAGACACUGAUUCUGAGGAAGAAUUGAAAGAGGCUUUCCGCGUGUUCGACAAGGAUCAGAAUGGCUUUAUUUCUGCUGCCGAGCUGAGGCACGUGAUGACUAAUUUAGGUGAAAAACUCACAGAUGACGAAGUGGAUGAGAUGAUUCGGGAAGCCGAUGUGGAUGGAGACGGCCAGAUCAAUUACGAGGAAUUUGUGAAAAUGAUGAUGGCUAAAUAGUUUCAUGAUCAGUUUAUUCCCUCGUUAGUUUCUAGUGGAACAGAACCUGCUGCAGCCAGAAUCUCGCUGAACUAAUCCUUCUUGCUAAUGGUGCCUCAUACGGUGCAACGAUUUGUUCAUCGUUAGCAAAGUCUUGUGCCCUGCUUUAGCAGUGUCAACACUUUGUUAAUUUGACUAUGUAGGAUUAUGUUCGGAAAUUUCGGCCUGUUUGAUCCAAAGCAAUGACCUUGUGAGUCGUGGCUACUGACUGGAUUUCUCAUUUUCACACGUUUUUGACGUUUUUGGAUCUGUCGUGCUUGAAGCCUGUCUUUAAAUUCUCACGUAAUUAACGGGACUUGAUUUCCCCUGACCGUAUUUUUU